AUGGCUAAUAUUUUCAAGCUUUUCUUCUUUCUUGUUCUCUUGACAUCUAGCAUGGAAUUCUUGGCUAAAGCACAAACCUUCAGCACAAACUCAAAUCUCUUGGCUCGAUUGAAGUUAGAUGAUGAAUCAUCAAGUUGCUGGGAUUCUUUAAUUCAACUUCAAGCAUGCAGUGGAGAGAUUAUUCUGUUUUUUCUUAAUGGUGAAACAUAUUUAGGCCACAGUUGUUGUGAAGCUAUUCGUAUCAUUACAAAGCAAUGUUGGCCUUCCAUGAUUGAUACGUUAGGUUUUACUACGGAGGAAGCCGACAUACUUGAAGGGUAUUGUGAUAGAGCAGAUGGUUUACCACCACCGCCAACCUUGUGGCUCAGUAAGGCUAUUGCUAGAAAAGCUAUAGUUCCUUGA